CCUUUGAAAUUAUAUGACCCCCUUUUGAAAUCGUGAGGGAAGAGAAGACAGAAACAGAAGCAAAGCAAAUGCAAGCUUGCAAUGGCUACCACUAGUACUAGCAACCUCUCCAGCUUGGUCCACGAACUCCGUGAACGAAUAGCCGCGACAUCAUCCACACCGCCAACCAACAGCAAUGCUCAUCGAGACGAUGAUGCUUUGAACACCAGAUUUCGCGCGGUUUUGCCCAAUCUCCUUCACGCAUACGUUGUCCCUUCAUCUUCGGCCAAUGAGAGAGAAGUCCUAGCAGUGGUGAAGCUUAUUGCUCACACAGCAAGGAAUUUUCCUGGAGUUUUUUACCACGGGAAGCCUAGUGCUGUUCUGCCUGUAAUUGGUCGGAUUUUGCCCUUCCUUGCUGAACCAGCUUUCCGCUCUCGACAUGGAGUGAUUUUUGAAACAAUUGGAUCACUUUUAUCCUUGCUACGUACUGGAUCACGGGACACAUACCGUCUGUUUUUCCUUGAUUCUAUGCUGGCCAUUGAAGGCAUUUUCUAUAUUGCAUUAUGCGUUGCUGAAGAUUCAAAAAUUACAGAAUCAACUAGAUUGAGGUUGAAGUGUUUCGAAAAUUCAUUUUCUGGUAUUCUGGGCAACUCGACUCCUCUCUGUGAUCUUCCAUCAACUAAUAAGCCUGUUGAUGGGCCUGGUAUCAUGGUUAACCUGUUGGGCAGAAAGAGUUGGCAAUCUUUUGCUACUUGGACCCUGAAGCUUAUUAAUAAAUGCUUAACUGAAGGGACCCUGUACGUGGAAGGACUUGUUAGUACACCAUUUGUUUCAGCUGCGUGUUCUUUGUUGUGUUACGGAGACGCUGAUUUACAUAUGGCUUGUUUUGACUUUGCACGCAUCAUUGGAUCAGUCAUAAGUCUUGACAUUGUUCCAUAUGAGAAUGUUAUCCACUCAAUAUCUGCCAUAUUAAAUGAGGAUGAAGAGGGAGUUCCUAUUUUCAGGAAUAUAGUUUACGAUUCCUCUAUGGGUGGCUGCCUUAAGGCACUGCACACUAAUUGUCCUGAUGGUGUUGUCAAACUAACAGCUGAAAAUUUAGUCAAUGCCUUUUUCCACUCAAUAGGGACAACCAAGAGUGAUGAGUUGAAGGUUGCGUUAUGCAGUGCAUAUGUACGGAUUGCUAAAACCUGCCCACCUCAUAUAUGGAAGCCAGAGUCUCUUGUGCAUUUGCUUGGGUUUCCUGAACCUUGCUUUCCAUUAAUUGAUUGCUUUCAAGUAGCUGUAUCUAUUCUUGGUCCAGAUCAUGUUGGAGGGAAGUCAGCAAAUGAUACAAGCUUAUCUUUGUUAAAAGUAGGUGAUAAAUCUAUUUUAAACACAAGGAUUGGAGAAAAAAGACAUUUUCAGGAUGCAGGUACUUCCAGUACCAAACGGCAAAAGAUUGGGCAAGAAACUAAGGAUUCAAAUGCUGACAUUCCAGUGCAGAAAAGAGAUGAAUUUGUGGAUAAUAUGCAUUCAGCACUUCUUUCACUUAUUGAACAUUUAAAGCCGCCUUCUGUUGGACCUGAUUCUUUAAGAUCAGAAGUUGCAUUAACAGCUCUAAGCAUGCUUUGCUUUGUCUUCUCUUUGUACCCAUGGACCAACAUGUCACAUGCUGUAUUUAAGGAGAUGUAUGCAUGGAUCCCCUGGAUAUGUGAGCAGGCAAAGCAAGGAAGUACACUUGCUCCUGCUAUUUCCUUCUACUUGGAGGGGAUUCACAGCAUGUUGCUUUUGCAAAGUAAGCCUUAACUGAUGUUUUUACUCAAAAUUUGUAGGUUUUUGAGAAAAGAUGACCAUGAAAAAGUUAAGAAAAUCAUUCCAUAUUCCCUUGGUUUCUUAUCAUGUCUCUAUGGAUCUUGCAACUUCGAUGUUGGUCAAAAUAAAAGUUAUUGCAAAUUGUUUUUGAAUACUGAAAAUGAGAAGCAUAGAGACUCCGUAGAUGCUAUGUUACAAGGAUUCUGGUGUUCCAAGUGCGACGGAAAUUUCAAACGCAAUCGGAUGUUACACUGGGAAGUUGUACAUCAACCAAGUAUGCAGGAUUUGGAAACUGUUCGUGCUUGUGAUUUUAUUGGCCUACAAUCCUUAUAUUUUGACCUUCUCUAUGAUGAGUCUUCAGAAGAGGUUCAACUUGCUUGUUUGGAAGUUAUGCAAAGGGUUCUUUUACAUGGGACUGGAGAAAUUCUUCUCAGAACAAGAUCAGAAUGGAUAAAAUGUUUUAAAUUCUUGCUACUUAACAGAAAUAAGGUGAUAAGAGAGGCAUUUUGUACUCAGAUUAAUUGCUUCCUUCAGGAUCCUAUUUUGAGCUGUUUGUUUAUAGAUGGGAGUGCUUCAAAUAAAAGUUGUGAACAGAUAUUUAUAGAUAUUAUAAAACAUGCAUUGUCAGCUUCAGAAGAUCUGCAUAUCUUUGAGACCCUCAUGGAAUCUGCAGCAGAAGUUAUGAUGGCUGUUGAUAUUAAUAGUCAUCUUUUCUUGUUCUCCCUUAUCCUGUUGGUAGAUCAGCUUGAUAAUCCACAUAUAGCAGUAAGAAUAAAUGCAUCAAGGUUAAUACACAAGUCCUGUUACUUCCAUGUUAAAGGAGGAUUUGAACUUUUACUUUCAAAAGCUGUUCAUAUUCGAAAUGAACUGUUUGAUUAUCUGUCUAUGAGGAUUGCAACCCGUGCAAAUAUGGUCAGAGAGUUUGCAGAGGCUGUUUUUGGUAUUGAAACUGAAAAACUUAUUGAGAAAAUGGUUCCUGUUAUUCUUCCCAAACUGUUGGUAUCUCAGAAGGAUAAUGAUCAAGCAGUUGAUACCUUGUAUGAAGUGGCCAAGUGUUUAAACACUGAUGUUGUACCCCUGAUUGUAAAUUGGUUACCUAAAGUGCUCGCUUUUGCUCUUCAUCAAUCAGAUGAGAAACACUUAGUCUCUGCAUUGCAGUUCUACCACACACAGACUGGUUCUGACAACCAAGAAAUUUUUGCAGCUGCAUUACCUGCACUUUUGGAUGAACUUAUAUGCUUUGUUGAUGUUGCUGAUGCAAGCGAGAUAAACAGAAGGUUAGAAAGAGUAUCCGAUGUGAUAAAGAAGGUCGCCAGGGUUCUGACAAAUGCUGAAGAUCUUGCUGCCUUUUUGAGGAAUCAUUUUGUUGGCCUCCUUAACAGUAUUGACAGAAAGAUGCUACAUACGGAGGAUUUCUUACUGCAGAAACAAGCUUUGAAACGUAUUGAGAUGCUCAUAGAAAUGAUGGGGCCAUGCUUGAGUACUUAUGUUCCGAAACUGAUGGUUCUUCUUAUGCAUGUUAUUGAUAAAGAAGCACUCCAGUGUGAUGGUCUCUCUGUCUUGCAGUUUUUCAUUGAGAGGUUAGCAAUGGUAUCGCCAUCUAGCACAAAACAUAUAAUUUCUCAAGUUUUUGCCGCGUUGAUUCCCUUCUUGGAGAGAGAAAAAGAAAGUCAGUCAAAGCAUUUGAAUAAAGUGGUGAAAAUAUUAGAUGAACUUGUCUUAAAGAAUAGGGUAGUCCUGAAGCAGCAUAUAUGUGAGUUUCCUCUCCUGCCCAGUAUACCAGCUUUGACAGAAGUUAACAAUGCUAUACAAGAAGCCCGUGGUUCAAUGACCUUGAAGGAUCAGUUGCGAGAUUUUGUUGAUGGUCUCAAUCAUGAGAACCUGAACGUUAGAUACAUGGUAGCCUGUGAGUUGAGCAAACUGCUGGAUCGUAGAAGGGAAGAUGUUACUUCUUUAAUAACCGGUGGAAGUGGCUCGGAAAUGGAUGUUUUGAGCUCUUUGAUUACAUCUUUACUCCGAGGAUGUGCAGAAGAAUCGAGAACUGCAGUGGGUCAGCGGUUGAAGUUGCUCUGUGCUGAUUGCAUUGGAGCACUUGGUGCAGUUGACCCUGCAAAUAUAAGGGGUAUUUCAUGCCAUCGCUUUAAAAUUCAAUGUUCGGAUGAUGAUCUUAUCUUUGAGCUAAUCCACAAGCACCUUGCUCGGGCUUUUAGAGCAGCACCUGAUACCAUUGUUCAAGAUUCUGCUGCCUUGGCCAUACAGGAGCUACUAAAGAUUGCAGGUUGUCAGGCAUCAUUGGAUGAGAGUGUUGCUCCUAUAUCACCGACACUGAAGGACAAAGAGCUGUUGAAAGUCAGUGCAUAUGAUAUUAAAACUGCUGACUGUAACAGCGAGACAAAUAGGGGUCAGAGGUUAUGGGAUCGGUUUUCUAAUUACGUUAAAGAGAUAAUAGCACCGUGUUUAACAUCUAGAUUUCAGCUUCCAAAUGUGGCUGAUUCUGCAUCAGCUGGACCCAUUUAUCGGCCUUCUAUGUCGUUCAGAAGAUGGAUAUUCCAUUGGAUAAAAAACUAACCGGCACGUGCAACUGGAUCUCGUGCAAGUAUUGCUGAGAAAAUUGCUUUGUCUAGACGCUUAAUUGCUCCUCUGGCUGCUGCAGGCAUGGCAUACAUGCGGGCUUAUCCAUUUGUUGUCAAACUUCACAUGCUUCGGGAGAUAGAAGACUUCCAUAAACUUCUCCUUGAUGAUUCAUUCUUGGAGAAAUCGUUUCAUCUAAGUGAUCAGGGAUUCUUAAAAGUUGUGGAGAACUGGGAAAAUCGGCUAAAAUUUACACAGCCAUCCCUUUGGGCAAGGGAGCCACUACUGGCUUUCCGAAGGCUGGUAUUUGGUGCCAGUGGUCUUGGUGCUGAAGUUGGGAACUUCUGGCUUCAGUAUGCAAAGCUCUGUCGGUUAGCUGGUCAUUAUGAAACAGCAAAUAGGGCAAUGCUGGAAGCCCAGGAUUCAGGUGCUCCUAAUGUCCGCAUGCAGAAAGCUAAGCUUCUUUGGAGUACUAGGCGAUCUGAUGGUGCAAUUGCAGAGCUGCAGCAGUCUCUACUGAACAUGCCUGUAGAAGUUGUUGGAUCUGCUGCAAUAUCAUCAAUCACUAGCCUUUCUCUGGUCCCACUGAAUGCACUACCUGUACUUUGUGAUACCCAAGCUUCGAAUGAGAGCAAAGAUAUUGCCAAAACCCUUCUUCUGUAUUCUAGAUGGAUCCAUUACACUGGACAGAAGCAGAAAGAAGAUGUGAUAAGUCUUUAUUCCCGGGUGAGAGAACUGCAGCCCAAGUGGGAGAAAGGAUACUUCUAUAUGGCUAAGUAUUGUGAUGAAGUUUUUGUUGAUGCAAGAAAACGGCAAGAAGAGAGUUCUGAGCCGGGGACCAGGGUAAUUCCAUCAACUUCCGUUUUUGUUGCUUCUCCAAAUACAAGCACUGAGAGACGCUGGUGGUCUUACCUCCCUGAUGUUCUGCUGUUCUAUGCAAAGGGGCUUCACAGGGGUCACAAGAAUCUCUUUCAAGCACUCCCAAGAUUGUUAACUCUGUGGUUUGACUUUGGAACCAUUUAUCAAACAAGUGGCUUAUCAUCCCAAAAGGAUUUGAAGAAUGUUCAUGGAAAGGUAAUGAGCAUAAUGCGAGGUUGCUUGAAAGAUUUGCCAACAUACCAGUGGUUAACAGUAUUGCCUCAAUUAGUUUCUAGAAUUUGCCACCAAAAUGAAGAAAUUGUUAGGCUGGUCAAACAUAUAAUUACGUCUGUUCUUCGUCAAUAUCCGCAGCAAGCGUUGUGGAUUAUGGCGGCAGUUUCAAAAUCCACGAUCCCAUCUAGACGGGAGGCAGCUGCAGAAAUCAUACAAUCUGCCCGAAAGGGGUUCAACCAGGGAAGUGGUGGCAGCAAUUUGUUUGUUCAGUUUGCUAGUCUGAUUGAUCAUCUAAUCAGAUUGUGUUUCCAUGGGGGCCAAGCAAAAUCUAAAACAAUUAAUAUAUCAACUGAAUUCAGUGCCUUGAAAAGAAUGAUGCCACUGGGGAUUAUAAUGCCAAUACAACAGUCUCUUACUGUCAGUCUACCAGCAUAUGAUGUGAAUCUUGCUGAAACACUGCCAUCUGAUAUUUUCUCUGGCUUGGAUUUGCCUACAAUAUCUGGCAUAGCUGAUGAGGCAGAAAUUCUCUCGUCUCUUCAGCGACCAAAAAAAAUUGUUCUGUUGGGUAGUGAUGGUGUUGAGCACCCAUUCCUCUGCAAACCCAAGGAUGAUCUUCGAAAAGAUGCUCGCAUGAUGGAGUUCACUGCAAUGAUAAACCGCUUACUAUCCAAAUAUCCUGAAAGCCGGCGGAGGAAGCUCUAUAUUCGCACUUUUGCAGUGAUUCCGCUAACUGAGGACUGUGGCAUGGUGGAGUGGGUGCCCCAUACACGUGGACUCAGGCACAUACUACAAGACAUUUAUGUUACCUGUGGAAAAUUUGAUAGGCAGAAGACAAAUCCCCAAAUUAAAAGGAUUUAUGACCAGUGCCAAGGAAAAAUGCCAGAGGAUGACAUGCUGAAGAACAAGAUUCUUCCUAUGUUCCCUCCGGUUUUCCAUAAAUGGUUCCUGACCACUUUUUCUGAGCCAGCCGCCUGGUUUAGAGCUCGAAUUGCUUAUGCUCAUACUACUGCAGUUUGGUCCAUGGUUGGGCAUAUUGUGGGUCUAGGUGACCGGCAUGGCGAAAACAUUCUC